UUCCUCCUAUUGGCUCUUUAUCUUUUCUUUUAUAUUUUCUUUCCACCAUUAGACUCAUUAUCCGGGCAAUCUCCCUCUCCUUCUUGCAUAUCCCGGCAGCUAGGCCUGAAUUUGUUCUGGAUCACUUGCUUUUGGACUAUUGGAUGUUUCCAGCUCUUAGAACAUUCACUAAUCUCUAGCUUUAUGCUUCCUUACUUGUCGGGAAUAUGUAUAUUGCGCAGUCGGAUCGUUUCUUUAAUGCUCUGAAGGGUCAUGGAACUCUUUGUCGUCUAGUCAUUCUCCCCUAUGAGAGCCAUGGCUAUGCCGCAAGAGAGAGCAUCCGGCAUGUUCUCUGGGAAACAAACAAGUGGCUACAAAAGCAUUGUGUACCAAACACUACUGACGGAACUGCUGAUCUUGACACUUGCAAAGAUGGUGCAACCAAAGAAGCUGCUGACUCUGAAGGAAAAGCAUCUGUGCCCAGCGGUGGUGGCAGCCCGGAGCUGGAUCAGUCUAAUCAAAAGCCAAGGUCAUUAAUGUGAUUGAAUUGCUGAAACUCACCUUUUUUAUGGCUUGUAUUUGGAGCGACAAUACGAAAACGACCGCAUGUGCUCAAAAGCCUAACGGAAAUAAGUUUUCAUUAUUUCGGGUAAUUUCAUGAUUAAGGGUGUUAUAUACCAUUGUACCGCAAAUUAUCAUUUUCUGACAUUCUCACAGUGAAGGGAAGGGAUCAGGGGAAUCACAAAUCUCUAGGCAAUCCGUGACGCGGGAGACCGCUUUGAUUGUCCAUUCUUAACUAAUAAGCAGCCGUUACAAUU